AUGAAGCCCGUACCUCGCCCAGCCUCGCGCCUGAUGUCCGCGCUCCCGGCUCUGCUCCUGCUCUCGGCGCGCGCUCCGGCAUCGGUGGUGGCGGCCAGCACGGCGCCGUCGGCGAUCAAGGUGCUCGAAACGUCCCAGGUGCUCAACUACGACAUCGGCGGCGUCGGAUCCCUCACCCUGACGGCGCUCCUGUACCUCGAAAAGCUGCCGGAAAACCCCGCUUCGAAGGGCGACGCCGCCGCCAAGGCUCCCAUCGAGGUGGCGGUCCGCGACGUCUUCAAUUUGUGCUUCGACGGCGUGGUGCGCUGGCGCUUCGGUGAUCCCAAAGGAAAGCCGCUCGGUCUUCGAUCCCAACCGUCGUCGUCGUCGUCGUCGUCGUCGUCGGGCAACACGGCUAGUUUUGUCGAUGCCAAAGUGUGUGGACAGGACCUCACGGACCACACAAACUGCCUCGUCGGCGACCUGUCCACGCCAAACGCCACCAUCGCCGGAUGCGCCACGAUCAACCGUGACCUGGCCAUCUUCGAGGCGCUGAGCGAGACCAACUUCGAUGCAAAGAUCGGCGUAUGGGCUGUCCAGCGGCCAAAUGAGCAGGAGGUGUUCCACCCGCUGUACCAGAUGACCAAGCAGAGGGAUCUCCCUACUUUCGUAGAUCAGGCAAGCCUGUCGCCAUAG